UUUCCCCUUCUCAAACCUGCCGUGAUCUCACAACUGGAGGGAGGAGGUGAACUGGAGGGCCCAUCUCCACUGGCCUCUGGAGCAGGCACGGGCCCCAGGGCCUCUGGACUGAUAUUGAUAUCCAGACUGACAAUAACUUGACAGAAGAAAUGUAUGAAGAAAAAUAUAAUAUAUCACAUGAACUUCAGAGGAACUCUUUUCAGGAAACAGACUUUUCAGAAACCUAUAUCCUAGAGAAAAAGCAGGAGGUCCACUCAGCAGGAAGUGUGAAGAAAAAAAACAAUGUCAUUGACGGGAUGGUGAAAGACAGUACUAGCCCAAUGGAGGAGUGUUUCUUUAGUCAGAAUCCAAAUUUGAAUCAGUGUCAUACCAUCUCCACUGGAGAGCAGCCCCCUGAGUGUACAGGACGGGAGAAAGCCUUCAGCUUGGACACAAAACUUAUUCAACAGGAAAUAAUUAAUUCUGGGGAAAGACCUUUUAAAUGUGAAGAAUUAAUGGAAAACUUUAGCUAUAAUUCUCAACUUAAUCAGGGUCAAGAUAGCUACACUGGAGAGAAGCCCCAUCAGUAUAAGGAGUGUGGCAAAGCCUUUAGCAUCAGUGCAAAAUUAAUUUGGCAUCAAAGACUUCACAGUGGGGAGAAGCCCUUCAAAUGUGUAGAGUGCGGUAAAAGCUUCAGUUACAGUUCCCAUUAUAUUACACAUCAGACAAUCCACAGUGGGGAGAAGCCCUAUCAGUGUAAGGUGUGUGGAAAAGCCUUCAGUGUUAACGGGAGUCUCAGUAGGCAUCAGAGAAUCCAUACAGGAGAGAGGCCCUAUCAGUGCAAGGACUGUGGGAGCAGCUUUAGCUGCAGUUCUGCGUAUAUCAUACAUCAGAGAAUCCACACUGGAGAGAAACCUUAUGAGUGUAAUGACUGUGGGAGAGCUUUCAAUGUUAAUGCAAAAUUAAUUCAACAUCAGCGGAUCCACACUGGAGAGAAACCUUAUGAAUGUACUGAGUGUGGGAGAGGCUUCAGGUGCAGUUCCCAGCUUAGGCAGCAUCAGAGCACCCACACUGGAGAGAGGCCCUUUCAGUGUAAGGAGUGUGGAAAGGCCUUUAGUAGUAAUGCAAAACUCAUUCAGCAUCAAAGAAUUCACACAGGGGAGAAACCCUAUGAGUGUACUGAAUGUGGAAAAGCCUUUGGCGUCAAAGGGAAAUUAAUCCAGCACCAGAGAAUCCACACGGGUGAGAAACCCUAUGAGUGUAAAGAAUGUGGCAAAACCUUCAGGUGUAACUCCCAGCUUCGGCAGCAUCUGAGAAUCCACACCGGGGAGAAGCCCUACGAGUGUAAUGAGUGUGGAAAGGCCUUCAAUGUUAAUGCAAAGUUAAUGCAGCAUCAGAGGAUUCACACUGGGGAGAAACCCUUUGAAUGUAAUGAGUGUGGGAAAUGCUUUACUUCUAAAAGAAACCUACUUGAUCAUCACCGAAUCCACACUGGAGAAAAGCCCUACCAAUGUAAGGAAUGUGGGAAAGCCUUUAGCAUCAAUGCCAAACUAACUAGGCAUCAGAGAAUACACACUGGGGAGAAACCUUUCAAGUGUAUGGAAUGUGAGAAAGCAUUCAGCUGUAGUUCUGACUAUAUUGUGCAUCAGAGAAUCCAUACUGGAGAGAAACCCUUUCAGUGUAAGGAGUGUGGAAAAGCCUUCCAUGUUAAUGCUCAUUUAAUUCGGCAUCAAAGAAGCCACACUGGGAGAGAAACCCUUCAGAUGUGUGGAGUGUGGCAAAGGCUUCAGCUAUAGU